AUGGCAGAUACUGGAAGAUUCAAAGGUGCUGUGACCAAAAACAAAGAUCCCUCUGGUCUUCUCAUCUCUGUUAUACGAACCCUGUCCAACAGUGAUGACGUUCAGGACAGAGAGACAGAGAAGGGGAGACUGGAAGAGGCCUUUGAGACGUGUGACAGAGAUCUGGAUGAACUCAUAGUACAACAUUAUGCUGAGCUCACCACUGCAAUCAGGACGUACCAGAGCAUCACAGAGCGGAUCACCAGCUCACGGAAUAAGAUCAAACAGGUCAAGGAGAACCUUUUGUCCUGUAAGAUGCUGCUUCACUGCAAAAGAGAUGAGCUGCGGAAGCUUUGGAUCGAGGGCAUCGAGCACAAGCAUGUCCUGCAGCUGCUCGAUGAGAUUGAGGCCAUCAAACAAGUGCCUCAGCGGCUGGAAGCCUAUAUGGCCAGCAAACACUACCUACAUGCCACAGAUAUGCUGGUGACUGCUGUGGAGUCCUUGGAUGGGGACUUGGUGCAGGUGGAGGGCCUCUCAGACCUGCGGCUGGAGCUCCACAGUAAAAAGCUCAACAUUCACCUUGUUCUGAUCGACGAGCUGCACAGACACCUCUACAUCAAGUCUACCAACCGCCUGGGCCACAAGAACAGGGACAAGAACGCUUCCAGACUGCCAAGUUCUCUUACUAAAGACUCGUCUCCAAUCCCAGUUCUGGAUAUGAGCAGCCUUUCCACUCCUCGCAAGCCUCUUGACACCUCACAGUUCAGCACACCUGGAUCCAGCAGUGUUCAACAAGAUGGUCGUGAGCUGCACCAAGGAGACCUACCGGAAGUCGACCCAGAGGAGAACAGUGCAGAGUUCAUGGGCAUCCUUAUCAAGGCUCUGGCAAAGCUGAAGAAAAUCCCUGAGACGAUUAAAGCCAUAAUGGAGCGACUGGAGCCAGAGCUGAAGCAGAUUGUGAAGAGGUCCACCACACAGAUCGCAGACCAUGCAUACCAGAGAGGGGAGAGCCUCGUACAGGAGAGCCAGCCCAGGCAGCUACUGGAACUGCUGGAGCUGCUGUUUGACAAGUUCAAAGCAGUGGCUCAGGCGCAUAAUGUGGUGCUGUCCCACCUCCAGCACAUCGCCAUGCAAUGUCCCAGAGGAGCUCAGGAGGAAAGCAUCAAACUGUACGAUCAGGCCGACGUCUCUGCCAAGAUACAGGCUGUUCUGCAGGUGUUGCUAAUGGAGUACCUGGAUGUGAAGAACACCCGCAGCAGCUCGGAGCCCUCAGCCCAGCUCUCCUACGCCAGCACCGGUAGUGAGUUUGCAGCAUUCUUCGCCAAGAAGAAACCACAGCGGGCCAAACAAUCACUGUUCAAGUUUGAAUCCUCUUCCCAUGCCAUCAGCAUGAGUGCCUACCUGAGAGAGCAGAGGAGAGAACUCUACAGCAAGAGCGGAGAGUUACAAGGUGGUGCUGAUGACAACUUGAUUGAGGGUGGAGAGAUGAAGUUUGUCUGCAAACCAGGGGCCAGAAACAUAACGGUGAUCUUCCAGCCUCUCCUCAGAUUUAUUCAGGAGAUCGAGAAGAACAUGGGACCAGGCCAAGCCAAGCAAUGUCAGCUCCGAGCCUUCCUCACAUACUACAUCAACGACCUCUUCCUCAACCAAGUUCGAACAGAAAUCAAUAAGGAGAUUGAGACAGUGAGUAAGACAGCAGACCCUCUGAAGUUCCUCGCCAGUGCGGACACUAUGAAGGUGUUGGGGGUCCAGAGACCAGUCCUGCAGAGCACAGUAGUGGUGGAGAAGUCAAUCCAGGAUCUCAUGAACCUCAUGCAAGAUCUGAGUGCCUACUCCAACCAGUUCCUGGAAAUGGUCUGCGACAAACUUAAAGAGUACAAGGAGAUUUGCAACACAGCCUACAGGGGGAUUGUGCAGUGUGAAGAGAAGCUUACCAUCAGUGCCUCAUGGUCUAAAGAUGAGGACAUCAGCCGCUUGCUCCAGUCGCUGCCAAACUGGGCCAACAUGGCUCAGCCGCGCCAGACCCGCCAAAAGAGGGAGGAUGAGGAGGAUUACACCCGGACUGCGUUCGCUAAAGAGUCAGAGGUCUUGACCGGUAAUCUUGGAGACAAACUGAUCCCCCAGAAUGAAAUCCUGCGAGAUGUGAGUGACAUGAAGGCUCUGGCAAACCUCCAUGAGAGCAUGGAAUGGUUUUCAGCGCGGCUCAAGGCCUUCUUUUACAGUGUACCCUACAUGUCCGGUGGACCCGCGGACAGUCAUGUGGUGGGGGAGAGCCAACGCUGCCGAGAGCAUAUCCUUCAGACUCUGACUGACUUGACCCGAGGCUUCCAGGACAUUGCUGACCGCUGCCUGUUGGCCCUGCACCUUGAAGUCCGGGUGCAUUGCUUCCAUUACCUCAUCCCACUGACCAAACAGGGGAAUUAUGCUAUCGUGGCAAAUGUGGAGAGCAUGGACUACGACCCCCUAGUGGUGAAACUCAACAAAGAUAUCUCGGCUAUCGAGGAGGCCAUGGGGGCAGCGCUGCAGCAGCACAAGUUUCAAUACAUCUUUGAAGGCCUUGGUCAUCUGAUCUCGUGUAUACUGAUCAACGGGGCGCAGUACUUCAAGCGCAUCAGCGAAUCCGGUAUUAAGAAGAUGUGCCGGAACAUCUUUGUCCUGCAGCAAAACCUCACCAACAUCACUAUGUCCCGAGAGGCGGAUCUCGACUUCGCCAGGCAGUACUACGAGAUGCUGUACAACACGGCGGACGAGCUGCUGAACCUGGUGGUGGACCAGGGCGUGCGUUACACCGAGCUGGAGUACAUCAACGCGCUGUCCCUGCUCCACCGCAGUCAGACCGGGGUGGGCGAGCUCAGCACCCAGAACACACGACUGCAACGCCUCAAAGAGAUUGUGUGCGAGCAAGCCGCCAUCAAACAGGCCACCAAAGACAAGAAGAUCACCACCGUCUGA